AUGUCUCAAUUCAACUCAAUUCCUCAAACUGAACUUCUUCUUCGUCAAGCUAUUAGUGAGCGUAUUAAAUUAAUAUUAUAUAUAAAUAAAAUAGAUCAUGCUUUACUUGAAUUACAACUUCAACAAGAAGAUCUUUUUCAAAUAUUUCAGCGUAAUAUUGAAAAUUUUAAUAGUAUUAUUGCUACAUAUAGCGGUCCAGUUGAUGCAGCAAAAGAUACAGUUGGUUUUGGUAGUAGUCUUCAUGGUUGA